AGAACCGAGRAGAUCAACAYUUCAUGACGUCAUAGUACGAGGAGAAAASCGUAAUGGAGGACAAUCCGGUUCACUGAGGGUCCUUAAAAUAUCAACAUGGAUUUUAAAGUUACUUUAGUGGUUUUCGCCUCAUUCAUCGGACUAUCUUACGGUGCUGUUCGAUGGCCGACUGGUACAUACGGGAUACCUAUGCCAAUGGCUGGUUGCCCUGACGACGAAACCCUAAAAUGGAGAAACGGGUCGACAUACCAUGACACUGAAGACGACAAUAAUCAGAAUCAGCGGUCGAACGUGUUUCACAUGCCUGGAGAGUUUUCCAAACACGGCAUACAACAAAAGUUUUGUAUCAAAGACAAGCCCGAGGGGGGUAGUGAGUUCUGGCCUGAAGGCAAAUACUGUCUUUAUAAGAAAGGACGCGGCGUAUGGAGCUCAUCCCUACGGACCAAGUGAAGAYCCAUUUAACUUGAAAAUAUACUACUGUUAYUAUGAACCGGGUCAAGAAAGCGAAGAYGACUUAGGUACUGGUAAAGACGUAAAGAGCAAGACACCAACCGGCAAGUCAUCAUCCGGCCUUGCUGUUGCCAUCGGAUGCGGCGUUGCAGGUGCAAUCGUCGGCACGGCGUCUAUUGCUUUUGCAACUAAACGAAUCUUGGCCCACAAGGCACGUGUUGGUUAUGAUGCUGUGGAUCCUCAGCCAGAUGGUCCCUGAGGGACAUUAUUACUAAUGGGGRACWUUUUCUAUAGAGAYACCUAACAAUGGUCUUAUUGAGGGACCUUGAGGGYAACUCUAAAACACUGGCUACUUCACUGAAGYAACCAGGAAAAACAAACUUUGAGCUGUCGYUAUGACAACGUCAGAAUCURGUUUCUAUGGAAACCAUGACGUCAAGAGUAUUUAAAUAGAGAUUUGUUUAAAGUAAACUGGGUUUGUAGAUAGGCAAAGCAAAUUAAYGAAAAGUGAAUAGACAACUUAUAAUAUAAUGUUACAAAUAGAGACAGAGCCAGACAGGGCCUUUUGAUUACGUCACUAGGAAACGGAAGUACGUCACGAUUUCAAAGCUUGACUUGAGAUUGAACGCUUAACGCGACGUCAAUCAAAUACAUUGGUUGAAUUAAUGACCAGAGUUACGCUAUGACUUGAUGACUAAAAGAAUGACAAACUAGGCCAACAUUAUUGGUUACCUAGUGCCGUUUGCAUCACUAUUUCUAUGGAAACAAAUGGUGUGAAGUUGUCAUUUUCUCAUGUUGAAUAUUUCGUCAAUGUUUCGUGAAUACUUCGUCAAUUUUUCGUGAAUACUUCGUCGAUGUUUCGUGAAUACUUCGUCGAAGUUUCGUGAAUAUUCCACUUGAAGUGGAUAUCCAAACUGACUUCUGUUUGCGGUGAGCGAAAUAUCCUUUAACCUCAACAAACUGAUGACAAAUAUAUAAUUCGCCUGUACAGAUAGCUGUUUAAUUUAACUAAAAGAAAAAUAAAUGAAAAAAAUUAUUUAUCACAAAACAA